AUGAAACCCUUGCAUGACGGAGCCAACCACAUUGCGAUGGUGGCGCUACUGCCAGGGCCCGGCCCUACCAGGCCACGUGGUGCGGGCACCGACCUCUAUGCACAGCACGCUGGGUUUCAGAACUCCAAGGUGCAGGACGCCACACCGUGCUCGUCCCUACUUGCCUGGCAUCUCGAGCUUACGCCCCGAGCGCCCCACGAAUCGGGCAGCCAAUGCUGGGCAGUGGACCCUUCCGCCCAUCACCAUCUCCCACUCUCUGCCCCAAGAUUGCCAUCUCCGCUGUCUUUCGUCAUGGGCCGGGCGCAGGCCUCGUGGACGGGCGGAUUCGUCACCAUGCGGCCUAGGACGCCUCGUCAGCCUCGACUGUCCAGUCGUCCCUAUGUGCCCACCAGUGAUCGCAAUGAUCGCAAGCCCGCGUAUCGCAAUCUGUACCUUACCGCACCGGGUCAUCGGUCUCCGCCAGUGACGACAUCAGGCGUGCGACGGCCCUUAACACCAUGUUUCGCGCCGCGCUCAAAAUGA